UCUUGCCGUUGAUCUGCCCCGAGCUGCCUCUCUUCGAGCACGGCUCCACCUGCUCAACCCCAGAUCCGGCCCUUGCCAGCAUCGGCAUCAAUACAUCGUGCUUCAUUGCAUCUGUCGAGCCACGCUACGGCAAUCGUUCCCGCUGCAUUCAUCUCGCCCCCGAAUCCUGCAAGCCCUGACGAGCCCAGAAUGCGUCCCGAGAGUCUAUUGCCGACCCACAGACAUCCCACACCCGCUCCGUCAGGGACGACUCUGCUCGAUAGGCUGACCUCUCGGCGCUCUGAUGAGCACUACGACAACGCCAAGGCAUCCAAGGCGUCUCCGCGCUUGCCUUUCGCCAAGUCCACUCUGUUUCUUCCAGAGAUAUAUUCUAGCCAUCGGCAUCUUUGUUGUCUUUGCCCUGGUUAUGUUCUCGUCUGGCAGGGUUGAUGCUCCGGAGCAGCACGAGAGCGAGUCGUUCGCCUCGGGAGCUCUGUCGGCUGAGGUCGGAGCUCCACUGUCGCAGCUCCAGUCAGAAAGCCAAGGCCAACCGAUCCUGUCGAAUCCGCCAUCGUCCCCCAAGAUCGUUCUGCCAAUGCCUGAGGAGGCCAGGCCUGCCAACGAUGGCUGGUCCUACCACCAACGACAGCCGUUUGACUUUCACGAACCCGAUCCUGUCCAGCCCACGGCAGAACUUGAGUCGGCUCUCUGGGAGAAGCGGCAGAAAGCGGUCGCUGCCGCCUUCCGGUGGAGCUGGAUGGGCUACGUAGACCACGCCUGGGGCUACGAUGAGCUGCUUCCCAUCAGCCGAACAGGCUCCAACUGGUUUCACAUGGGCCUCACCAUCAUCGAUGCGCUGGACACGGCGUUGAUCAUGGGACAGACCGAUGUCUUUGAAAAGGCAAAGUCGUAUGUUCAUUCCGGUCUCAGUUUCGGCAGGAAGGACGUCGACGAGAACGCCAACGUCUUUGAGAUCACGAUCCGUGUGCUCGGCGGCCUGCUCUCGACAUAUCACCUCUCGAAGGACAGGCUGUUCCUCAAUAAGGCUGUAGAGGUGGCCGAGUUCCUGAUGCCCGCCUUUUCGACUCCGUCGGGCAUCCCUUUCUCGUCGAUCAACCUGGGGACGGGAAAUGCCGAGCCAGCGCCAGGCGGACUCAGCAGCACGGCCGAGGCUACGACGCUGCAGAUGGAGUUCAAGUACCUUUCCAAGCUGACGGGCGACAGCAAGUACUGGAACGUCUCUGAGAAGAUCAUGGAGGUUGUCCGAACCCUGCCCAAGACGGAUGGGCUUGUUCCAAUCUACAUACGGCCCGAAUCUGGCCAGUUCGAGGGCUCCGAGAUCCGUCUGGGCUCGCGCGGCGAUUCGUAUUAUGAGUAUUUGGGAAAGCAGUACCUCCUGACUGGCGAGGAAAUCUAUCGAACCGAGUUCAACAACGCCGUUGCUGGAAUCCGCAAGCAUCUCGUCGGGCACUCUCGCUCCAGAAACUUGACCUAUAUCGGCGAACUUGUGUACGAACAACAGAGCCCCAAGAUGGACCAUCUCGUCUGUUUUUUGCCGGCCACCUUGGCCAUCUUCGCCACCGGCGGCCGCUCCGUUACCGCCCAGAGCCGCACGAGCCUCUCGAAGCAGCAGCAAGACGACCUGUCGCUUGCCGAGGAACUCACCCGCUCGUGCUUUGAGAUGUACAAUCAGACGGCGACGGGUCUGGCACCAGAGAUUGUCUUUUGGAAUCCAAUGCCUGUCCUUACCAACGGAGAAAACGGAAUGCCAGUGGAAGCCGCCGCUCAAACUCCCUCGGACGAACCCGAUUUUUUCAUCCACCAGCUGGAUGGACACAACCUGCUCCGACCUGAAACGAUCGAAAGCCUGUUCACCCUCUAUCGCAUCACGGGCGACCGUCAGUACCGCGAGUGGGGGUGGAGAAUCUUCCGAGCAUUUGAGCGGUGGUGCCGGGUCAAGACCGGUGGCUACACGAGCUUGGACGACGUGCGAGUCAUUCCACCGAACCCGCGGGGACAUGGCGGAAAGAUGGAGACCUUUUUCUUGGGCGAAACUCUCAAGUACUUUUACCUCCUCUUUGACGACCACAAUCGCAUCCCGUUGGACCAAUACGUGUUCAACACCGAGGCCCAUCCGUUUCCUCGAUUUUGAGCGCUCUGGUGUGCCCAAGCAAUGGUUAAUGUGCUAUCCUCACUUGAUACUUCCUGGCACGAUUCAUAAUACGACUCUCGAGGGAUAAAGCGGAAACGGGUCCUUGACAGAUCUCGAGUCGAGAUC